GGCCCACACUUGGUGAUUCUCGAUGGAGAGUGAAAGCCUGGAUUCAUCAUGAAAACCAGCCCCUGUCGGCCACUGAUUCUCAAAAGACGGCGGCCGCCACUGUCUGUUCAGAAUGCCCCCAGAGAAACCUCAGAGGAGGAACCGAAGGGACCCCCUACCCAAGAAGCGGCUGGCCCAGCCCAAGCCUCCCAGGAUGUGGCAGAGUCCAGCUCCAGCAAAUUCCCAGCUGGGAUCAAGAUUAUCAACCACCCCACCAUGGCCAACACCCAGGUGGUGGCCAUCCCCAACAAUGCUGACAUCCAGAGCAUCAUCGCGGCACUGACCGCCAAAGGCAAAGAGAGUGGGAGCAGCGGACCCAACAAAUUCAUCCUCAUCAGCUGUGGGAGCACCCCGGCUCACCCUCCAGGCUCACAGCCUCAAGCCCAAUCCAGUCAGGAUUCCAAGAGGACCCAAGUGAUUCCCGAGACCCUGGGGCCAAAGCCUGCAGCCAGGGAUGUGGCUCUGCCUCGGCCGCUGGGAGCCCUGCGCGGGCAGCGACCCGACAGCUGUGCUGGUGGAGAGGCGGCAGGCUGCACUCUCAACAACAGCUUAACCAAUAUCCAGUGGCUUGGAAAGAUGAGCUCCGACGGCCUUGGCUCCUGCAGCGUCAAGCAGGAGGUGGAGGAGAAGGAGAACUGCCACCUGGAACAGAACCAGGUCAAGGUUGAGGAACCCUCUGGAGCAUCAACAUCCUGGCAGGACUCUAUGUCUGAAAGGCCACCCUACUCUUACAUGGCCAUGAUCCAGUUCGCCAUCAACAGCACCGAGAGGAAGCGCAUGACCUUGAAAGACAUCUACACUUGGAUUGAGGACCACUUCCCCUAUUUUAAGCACAUUGCCAAGCCAGGCUGGAAGAACUCCAUCCGCCACAACCUCUCCCUCCACGACAUGUUCGUUCGGGAGACGUCUGCCAAUGGCAGGGUCUCCUUUUGGACCAUUCACCCCAGUGCCAAUCGCUACUUGACGUUGGACCAGGUGUUCAAGCCACUGGACCCAGGGUCUCCACAAUCGCCCGAGCACUUGGAAUCACAGCAGAAACGGCCCAAUCCUGAGCUCCGCCGGAACGUGACCAUGAAAUCUGAACUCCCACUGGGCACACGGCGGAAGAUGAAACCCCUGCUCCCACGUGUCAGCUCCUACCUGGUGCCCAUCCAGUUCCCAGUGAACCAGUCGCUGGUGCUGCAGCCCUCCGUGAAGGUGCCACUGCCCCUGGCAGCUUCGCUCAUGAGCUCGGAGCUUGCCCGCCACAGCAAGCGGGUGCGCAUUGCCCCCAAGGUGCUGCUCACUGAGGAGGAAGUGGCCCCUCUGGCCGUGUCAGGCCCUGUGAAAGAGGAGCAAGUCCUGCUCGGGGAAGGGUCGUCUCCUUUGCUCCCAGUCCAGUCCAUCAAGGAGGAGGAGAUCCAGCCAGGGGAGGACACAUUUCACUUGGCGAGACCCAUCAAAGUGGAGAGCCCACCCUUGGAAGAAUGGCCCUCCUCGUCGCCAUCUGUCAAAGAGGAAUCGACUCACUCUUGGGAGGACUCGUCUUACUCCCCUUACUCCCCCACACCGAGGCCCAAGAAGGAAUACAGUGAGCUGCAGUCCCCAGCACGGAGUGUCUCUGAAAUGCUGGUCAUCAAACGCAGGGAGCGCAGGCAGAUGAGCCGGUCCCGCCGGAAACAGCACCUGCUGCCUCCCUCCACCGCUGCUGCCACCACUGGCGUUGCUGAGUCUGAGCUGCUCUCCGAGGGCCCCAGCCCCUGGCGGCGAGUCGCUGCCACCGAGCUCCCUUUCUUGGCCGAGUCCUCGGAGCCCUCCGCCCAGCUCGGCUCCUUUCAGGAAGAGGCAGGACCUUUCAAGACCCCUGUCAAGGAGGCGCUGCCCAUCUCCUCCACGCCAAGCAAAUCUGUCCUCCCCAGAACCCCUGAGUCCUGGAAGCUCACCCCCCCAGCUAGAGUGGGGGAACUGGAUUUCAGCCCCGUCCGAACCCCGCAGGGCGCCUUCUGUCCCCUGCCGGACUCCCUGGGGCUGAUGGAACUUAACUCCACACCGCUGAAAAGCGUUCCCCUCUUUGACUCACCCCGAGAGCUCCUCAACUCAGAGCCCUUUGACCUCACCACUGACCCCUUCGGCCACUCUACCCACUCCGAACUGGAAGUCCCUAAGCCUGGCUCCCCUGAGCAACAGGUCACCAACCUUUCGGCCAAUCGGUCUCUUACAGAAGGCCUGGUCCUGGACACAAUGAAUGACAGCCUCAGCAAGAUCCUGCUGGACAUCAGCUUCCCAGGCCUGGAGGAGGACCCACUGGGCCCUGACAACAUCAACUGGUCCCAGUUUCUUCCUGAGCUGCGAUAGAGAGCUGGCUGUGCCCUUGCCCCUCAAGCUGCCUGCCAUGCUAGGCACCAGCAUGGGCAGGAGACCCAGAGCUCGGUGUCCUCUCCCACACAUCCUGCCACAAGGCCUCUGAGCAAGCCAGCAAAUGAGGAGCACGGCAGUAGUCACACCUUAGCCGCUGCUGGGACCUUAGCAAGCAGUCGAGCCAUAGGAACUGGUCCUUGUGUCGUUCCCCCGAGAGCAUCUGACUGCUCUCUGCCAGGCGCAGAAGGGUAGAGAGGAGAUCAGGGACUCUGCAGGCCAUUCCCAUUCUAAAUCCAGCAGCCCCUCUGCGACUUGCUGGCUGUCUGGCCUUGUAUGUAGUAUCCAUUCUCCAAGUCAUCCUCUAAUUACAAACGUGAGCUCAUUUUCUUAGGCCAUUAUCUAGAGACCACCAGAAGGAGGUUGUUGGAAGGCAAGGGAUUUCAGCUGGCUUCCAUUCCAUGCUUUAAAUUCCUAAAGAAGGGAAUAUGUGCAGUGCACGGUUAUGUCCAGGCCCAGGGUCCCUGACUCGGGGUUUCCUCACCUUCAGCACCCAGACAAGCAGCCAUGCCUUGCUAGGGGCCCUCUGGCAGCACCUCCCUUCCACCUCUCCAUGUUGCCAAGUCAGCUUCCCCACAGGAAGCAAUCCUAGUUGAAAUCAUCUUUGGUGUUGAAUUUGGAAUGGAAGAAUGGAAGCAUCUGAGGCAGAGAGGGUGGGUACCCUCUUAGGAGAGCCCCCAAAUGUUUCUCAGAUAAAGUCCCUAAUCAUGCCAGGGAGAUAAACAUUGACCAGAACCCCGGAAGAGGCUUGAGGAGACCCCUGGUGUGCCUGGCUUCCUUAACUUGCACCCCAGCUUUGCAAAGAGCCACGCUAGGCCACAGCUGACUGUGUGGAAGCAAGCCAGCUCAAGAACACUACUGUAACCACCUACUCAAUAAAACA